GGAGAGACAGGAAGAGAGGAAGAUGUCACAGGUGAAGGAAAUAAUGACGCAAAGGAUGGGUAGAGAAGAGAGAGACACACCUUAAAGAAUAAUAGUUGGGGGGGAGUUGAAGUUGUAGACAACAAAUAGAUUUGGUGUGGUCUCUACAGUGCAAAAGAAUGGUGAUGGAACAGUUAUUUGUGGCUAUGCUAAUGAUGUCUGCACACCUAGCAGUCUCAUAUCCUCUGACUACAGAGAGCUAUUACAUGGAUGGAGGGAGACAAUGCAGACUGUGUCCACCAGGUCAUUAUCAGAAGUCCUGUUCAGAGUGCUCUCCCUGUCGAGAUGGUUCCUACACAACACGAUUGAAUGCAGAGUCCAGUUGUCAUUCCUGUUUCAAAGACUGCAAACGUGAUUUGCACCUGGUGGAGGAUGAGCCGUGUACUACUGUAUCGAACGCUAGAUGUCGCUGUGAGGCUGGUUUUACCUGCACCGACAAAGACGACCAGACAGGAAACUGUAGAGACUGUGAGAAGAUCCCUCAGCUGCCCCCACCUCCCCUGCCACCUAGCAAUGUAGUGGGCAUCAGAAACAACCAGACAGGAACUUCCUCUGAACACAGCAGGACUUCCUCUCCCAGUGGACGCUGUCAACCUCCCAACUGUGACACUCCACGAUCACCAGUCUCACAAGCAGGCAAUGCCACUCAUCACACCACAGCUGACACCAGCAAACACUUGGCAGCCAUUUUGUGUCCUAUGGUGGUCAUUGGAAUCCUAGCCGUUAUCAUUCUGUUAUGUAUCCGUCGCCCAGGAGAUGAAGCCUGUUUCAAACAAGCUCUCAAGUUCUGUAACAAGGGAGUAAGAGAAGCGUCGCCUAACAAGACCAAAGAGCCAACUCCUCAGCACCGUGCCAGAGAGACACAGCCCAGUAUUAAGCACCAGGCAGUGGAUCCACCACCUAUUACAGCAGCAAAUAUGGGCCCAGUCCAUGUCCACAAUGCUGGAACAGUCAUCUUCAGUUUACUCAACCAGUUCACUGGUAUGGGUGGAGGGACGGAAGAGAGAGGGCAGAAAGAGAGGGAUGAGGAAGGAUGUCCGGCCCACCCCACACCCUCCCCUAACAUCCAUCUAUCCCAGGAGGAAAGGGAUGGGGAGAUGGACUGUGUAUUCUUCCCUUCACAGGAACAAGGGAAGGACAGUCAUGUUUCCAAGGAGGAGGUGCAAUGAGGGGAGGGGGAUUGAGGACAGAGGACGCACCAAGUGAAAGCUUCCCUUCUAGGAUCAGUUUAGCCAACCCUACAUCCUAAUGUUAAUCAUAAGGAGGAUUACAACUUACCACUGACCCGGAUCAGUGGUAAGGGACAACAUCUACCUGGGGCUCUAUUCAGUCUGUAUCACUACAGAUUGCAUGAUAGAAACAUAGAGGUCAUUUCUGAUUGUGUUUAAUGUGUUUAAUAUGUGUUUAAUGUGAAAGCAGUUGACACAGGAACAUUGCCUUUACAUUUCUUUCAGGCUGUAAAGCUGAACUUCCACAAUACAGAUUGAAUAGAGCCUUUUUUUUUUUUAACUAGGCAAGUCAGUUAAGAACAAGUUCUUAUUUUCAAUGACAGCCUAGGAACAGUGGGUUAACUGCCUUGUUCAGGGGUAGAACGACAGAUUUUUACCUUGUCAGCUCAGGGAUUCGAUCUUGCAACCUUGUGGUUACUAGUCCAACACGCUAACCACUAGGCUACCUGCCACUCUUACUCUCAGAACACUGGUGAAUCCCAAAACUCUAGAAUGGCCAUUAUUUCCUGUCCUAGACCUAGACAGAUCUAGACAUCUUACUAUGGUGGUCAUGUACACAUCCACUUGCUCUCCUUUUAUUGAACUGUGUAAAAAGCUUUCAGUCUCAACUGCUGCAAACUGUUUUUUUCUGUUUUCAUGUGGCACCUUGAACUGUUUUUGCACAAAUUAAAAGCAAAAUAUGAAAUAUAA